UUAUUAAUCGAUUUUGCUUUUGCUAUUUGUUUUCUGGGUUCUACAGAACAGAAGAUCCAUUUUCUAAUCGGCACGAGACAAGUUUCUUUCAAUCAACAUUUCAGACGCAUCACUUUUGAUGUAGUUGUUAGACAAAAAUCAGACAAAAUCUAUUCAAUCCUAUCACUUUGAUACUUGAUACUUUGGCAUUAUACUUAUUAAAAUUCGUUUAUAUUCGUGAAAUAUUUAGCUUUUGUUGAUUCUACUACCGAACAUUUAUUAAGAACAUUCUUCUCCUGUAGAAUGUGUCUUCAGACAAGGCAUCUUUCGGAUGCUGUGACAAAUAGUAGGUACAUUUACUGGUAGUAGUUAGUUUUCUAGUCGUUACUAUGGGUCUCUGAAAAUGAUGAUAACCAACUAAUCAAAAUUGACUGCUUAGGUAUUCGAGUCAUCUUUUCUAUACCAAUAGAACCUUUUCAUACUGCGGAAUAUACUGCUCGGUUUGUCCAUUAAUCAACUAUUUGAUUACUUACUCGACAAAUUAAAUAACCUUAUGAAUCGUGAAUUAGUGGCAAGUAGGUAACACCUUUGCGAGUAGGGCUCAGCAGUACUGGCACACAGGGUCAUUUAAUUGUGUUGCUAUACGGCACUGAUAAUGUGGUUAUAAAUCUUGUUUACCAAAGGAAAUGAGUUUUACCUUGAAACGUUUGUGUAAAUACCUGAAGACUGAAAAAAUAGCUCUCUUUUUAAGAUGAAAGUACUGUCCAUAGUACAAAUCCUUAUAUUCGGUAAGCGCUCUGUUAGUCUGAGGUUUAGGUAUAGAAAUCUUUUCCUAGCACUCUCUCUUGGGAGCGGGACACAGAUUACUCGAAUUAUAGGAGGAACAUCAACCGAAAUAUCGUUGUUCCCUUACCAGGCCUCCUUACGAACUUUCGACAAUCGCCAUUUCUGCGGCGGUUCUGUUGUUAGCGAUCUAUGGGUUUUGACGGCAGCUCACUGCAUCACUCGGCAAAGGGCUGGAUCCUUCGUGGUCGUCCUCGCCACGAGCACCCUAACCGAUAGUGGCUCAAUUUACGGGAUUUCCAAAAUAAUUGCGCAUGCCUCUUACAACCCAGAAAGUCAUGUAAACGAUAUUGCACUCCUUAGAAUGUCCAAGAAAAUCACAUUCGGCCCUACUGUAAAGCCCAUCGCGCUUUCAAAGAUUUACCCGCCGGCCGGCGCGAUCUUGACGCUUUCUGGAUGGGGUUUAACUAGAUAUCCAUCCAAUUAUGUUCCGAACAAGUUGCAAACGAUUCAGUUGGUCAGCAUCAGCAUUUUACGCUGCAAGCUGUCACUUCCAGGAUAUCCAGUACCUAGCAACCACAUUUGCACGAACCAAGGCAGGGACAAGGGAGCUUGCGAGGGAGAUUCGGGCGGACCCUUAGUAUACAACGGUACGCAAGCGGGUGUCGUUUCCUGGGGGAUACCCUGUGCUAAGGGUUAUCCUGACGUUUUCACCGCCAUUGCAGCAUACGAGUCCUGGAUUAAGCAAUUUACAGCCGCAUAAAGAAUGUUACUAUUUUGGAUCUGACAUACAUUAAAAAAUACGUUUACCUGCC